AACAUCAAAAUCGAAACUACGAUCCAGGGUUUUACAAUAUGAUCGUCGUUGUCAAGUUCUUUUUAGAAGCCUACACAGACAUUUUAGAUAACAAAAGGGGGCCAUUUAAAAACAUCGUACAGAACAGACAAUCUAGAAUUUCGAUACCGAACGAUUAUAGAAAUCACUCGUUAUCCAACUUCGAAAAAACAUUACUGGUAUUUCUUUUGGCCUUACAAAUUCUCAGUAGCUAA